AUGAAAUCACAACCAGUGACACAAGAGCUACAUUUCAUUUUUCCUCUUUUCAAAACUAUUUCUUCAGACAUAAUGAGUUUCUUGGUAAGCAUUGCAGGCAUUGCGAUGCUGGCACAAAUUGUUCUUGGCACCUUUGCCAAUGUCUUCAUUGUUCUGGUGACCUGCACUGACUGCAUCAGGAGAAGAAAAUUGUUCCUGGCUGAUGGAAUUCUCACUUCCCUGGCCUUCUGCAGGAUUGGCAUGCUCUGGGUAAUAUUAAUAAGUUGGUGCUCAAUUGUGUUUCACCAAGCUUUGUCUUUACAAGUAAGAUUUAGCAUUUGCGUUGGCUGGGCAGUAACCAACCAUUUUAAUAUGUGGCUUGCCACUAUACUUAGCAUACUUUAUUUGUUGAAGAUAGGUAAUUUCUCUAAUCUUAUUUUUCUUGGCCUAAAGAGAAAAAUCAAGAGUGUCUUUAUAGUUGUACUUUUGGCGAGCUUGGUGCUUUUAUUUCCUAAUCUUAUAACGGUAACCGUAUGUGAGACAGUACAAGCGAAUGGAUACCGAGGCAACUUGACUGGGAAGACCAAACGGACUUAUUUCAUGAACCUUACAGCUAUGAUAUCUUUUACUCUAGACAACAUCAUUUCCUUCACCAUAUCCAUGGUCUGUUUUCUUCUGUUAAUCUAUUCCCUGUGUAAACACCUUAGGACAAUGAGGCUUUAUGGAAAAGGACCCCACAACCCGAGUGCGUCAGCCCACAUUAAGGCUCUGCAAGCUGUGAUCUCCUUUCUGUUGUUAUUUUCCAUGUUUAUUCUGUCUCUAAUCAUAUCAGGUUACAAUUAUAUGAAGCCUCUAAAUGAACCAGUCCACCUGAUUUGCCAGCUUAUUGGGACUUUGUAUCCUUCAAGCCAUUCUUACGUUUUGCUAUGGGGAAAUAGGAGGAUCAAACUGGCCUUUGUGUUGGCUAUGGUACAGGUGAGGGCAAGGCUCUGGCUAAAAGAAGAGAAACCUUGA